CAUCAUGGGAUUGAUUUUGCUCACAUAAAAAGCGCAAUCUUUACAAAGUUUCAUCAGAUACAUAGUUUGUUUCUGACUGACUAGCAAUUUUCCAGAAAAGAAGCAGCUGCAGAUUUCUAUCCAAACUAUCACCUCGAUCAAGAUGAAGAUGACCAGUCUGAUGCUCCUUGGUGUUGUUUUGAUGGUGGUGUCACUAUAUGGUGCCAUUGGCAUGAGUCCACCUGUGUGUGGGGAUAAUGCAAGAUGCUGUAAGACGGAACCAAACAACAAAACUCACUGCAAGAAUACCACCAAUGAAAAUGGGAAAGGCAUGCCUUGUCCUAAACCUUGGUCAUGUGUGUGUAAUGAGGGAUUUUCAGGCAACCCUUGCCUUCCAGAUGGCUUUUGUAACACAGAUGCAGUCUCUGUAUGCUCUGACUUAAUAGAGGUCCCCUGUGACGGCACCACCUAUGUAUUUACCCGUCAAUACCUUUCUGGUGGCAAUAGUAAUUUUGUACCUACCCUCUUUUAUUACAUCAACUACCAAGGGGAUAAUCCAAUCACGGUAUCCACAUGCAAUCCAGCAACCAAUUACGACACAAAAUUAGCCAUAUUUGACUGUGAAGAUCUAUCUGAAGUGCAACUGCCAUUUGCCAACCCCCAGAGCUGUGCUAUUUCAAAGGACUUUGCAAAUUUCUUCAAUGAUGAUAACUGUCCCGGGUUUCGCUCCCAAAUUGAUAUUGACCAAGGAGCGAUAGAUGAUGGAACUUACCUGAUUGGGGUGUCUGAUUUUGGUUUGGCCCAAGGGACUUUUGAACUUUCUGUCACUUGUUAGGGCUUUCACUGUACUUGGAUGCAUGAAGAGCUAUAGUGACCAAAUUGCAAUGUUAAAAUGAAGCCUUUAAUGGUUUAUUAAAAAAUUUAGUGGAAAAUAAUGAUCAAAUUGUAAUUAGAUUUUACACAACACAUAACUGUGAUGAGACUUCGGUGGAAAUUAACAACAGCAAUUAUGUCUUAAAUAUUAUAUUGAUUCUCCAUCACUAGAUAGACUUAAAAGAUUAUUAGCCCAUUGAUCUUGCCUUAUACAUAUUGACAAUGCAAAUCUGUUAAUGAAGAAUGUAUUACCAUUAAAUCUUGGUCAUAUGGUAUGGUUUAGUAAUUAUAUCAAUAGCUCUGAUAGCUAAUCUAGCUAUUACCUGGUCAAUCAGUGAAAGUGAAAUUGUAAAAUCUCCUUUGAGUUUGACAAAAAUAAAAACAGCCUUAAC